AUGUAACCUGCCGAGGACUGAUCGUCGCCUCCUCGCGUACCUUCCUCGGACGACUUUUCCUUCUAUUAUCACGCGCGAGAGUGUGAGUUCAGCCGACCUUUUCUUCUCUCUAUACCAGCCCGGUAUCCAAGUGUGUCGUUGUCAUUCCAGCAGUGUAGUGUAGUUUGUCAAUAAAAGAAAAGUGCUGCAAAAAGAAAAGAGUGCCAGAUAAAAUAAUAAGAAAAAAAAGAAAGUGUUGUCGCCGUAAAUAAAAAGUACCGCGUAGGAAAAAGUAGAAAGGAGAGGAUGUCGAUGUAGCGUGUCGCAGGAUGUGAUAUGUCGCGUUGAGGAUAUAUCUCGAUAGGUCCGCCCGCGAUAAUGGAGGCGGUACCUAGUAAGCAGCAGCAGGUGUCAGGUGGGCCUGCGGCUGCGACACCGCAGACUCAGGACGACGCCGACGAGGAGCAAGGUCCGUUGGACGACGGCAUCUUGUUGGCGCGCAUCCACGUGCCCGAGCUCUGCGUCAGCAAGUGUCUGCAAUUCCCCAAGGAUCAACUCGUCUGGGACGUGAAACAGCAGUGUCUCGCUUCUCUACCCAAGGUGGCCACUUGGUUCAGGGAGUUGAAGGAGAGCUUCAAUUAUGGUCUGUUCUACCCGCCGGUGAACGGGAAGGCCGGCAAAUUCUUGGACGAGGAACGCAGACUUGGGGAUUAUCCGUUCAAUGGACGCGUUGGAUACCUCGAGCUCAAGUACAAGAGGCGCGUUUACAAGAUGCUGCACCUCGACGAGAAGCAGCUGAAAGCAAUGCACACGAGGACCAAUCUCCGACGACUCCUCGACUACGUAACCAACAGCCAAGUCGAGAAGAUAGCCAAGGUGUGCAACAAGGGUCUCGAUCCGAAUUUUCACUGUCAGGACAGUGGCGAGACUCCGCUGACGCUGGCAACGACGCUAAAGAAGCCGGCAAAGGUGAUAAUAGCACUGGUGAACGGUGGCGCGUUGCUGGACUACAGGACGAAGGAAGGCCUGACGGCGAUGCAUCGAGCGGUCGAGCGUAACAACCUCGAAGCGGUGAAGACGCUGCUCGAGCUCGGCGCCAGUCCCAAUUACAAGGACACCAAGGGACUGACGCCGCUCUACUACAGCGUCAUCUACAAGACGGAUCCGAUUCUGUGCGAGACGCUGCUGCACGACCACGCGUCCAUCGGUGCCCAGGAUCUACAGGGUUGGCAGGAGGUGCACCAGGCCUGCCGAAACAAUUUGGUCCAGCACUUGGAUCAUCUUCUGUUCUACGGGGCGGACAUGAACGCGCGCAACGCCUCGGGCAACACGCCGCUGCAUGUGUGCGCGGUUAACAACACCGACUCGUCGUGCAUCAGGCAACUGUUGUUCCGGGGCGCCCAGAAGGACGCGCUGAAUUACGCGAAUCAGACGCCCUACCAGGUGGCCGUGAUUGCCGGCAAUAUGGAGCUCGCCGACGUCAUUAAGAAUUACCAGCCCGAUGAAGUCGUGCCAUUCAAGGGCCCACCACGUUACAACCCGAAGAGGCGUUCGGUGGCAUUCGUCGGGCUCUCAACCAGUUGUUCGGCAGGCAAUCUCGGCACGUUAACAAGGUUACCGGCAGCGGAUUAUCAUCAGCCACUGACACCGUCGUCGCCAGUCGGAAUGUCAACGUCGAUGAUAUCGUCGACGGGCUCGUCCUCGUCGUCGUCGGGUUCGGCCAACAACACAUUGACCAGAGGCGAACACUUCGAUCCGAGUCGAGCCGUCUCGUCGGCGGAUGCAUACCUUGGUAGUAUGCCCAGGACAGAGUCCCACCACGCAUGCCUCAACAGAGUCCCGUCCAAUGAGCAACAAGACGCCAGUAGUAGUAACGCGACGCAGGCCAAUGCUGCUCCCACGUCCAAUAGCAACAGCAACCACAACAACAACAACAACAACAACAACAACAACAACAACAACAACAACACCAAUACCAUCCAGAGAAUUCCGUCCCAGCAGCAGAAUGCCGCCCAGCAGAGGCUUGCCUCCGAGUACCAGAGUCCCGCGCAACUUGCCGCGAGAUUAUCGAGCGGCGAGCACUAUCGGGUCGAGGGCUUGACGAGGCUGCAGGAGCACAGGCUCGAGCUGCAGCACCGACUUGACGCCCAUCAUGGACCCAACAACAAUCGACCUAUGGAUAUGCCACCUUCACCGUCCCCGAGCAGUCGAAGUCUCGCACCAUUCAGUUCAGCUAGUAGCAGCCUUUCCGAGGGCAGCAAUCAACCGUCCGGUGAAGACUCGGCCAGCAUUGUUACAGACAAGAGUUUGGGAGACACAGCCUCGGAUGUGAUCAGUGAUAGUAGUGGCGUUGGCACGUCGCAGUCGGACACGACCAACAAUUCCCUCACGAUACCUGGCACUACCGUCGUCUGCGUUGAGCCUUACAACAGCGGCAUUCCCGGACAUCUUGCUAUCGCUCAGGGUGACAUACUCGAAGUAACGGGAGCGACGGAUUGCGGCCUGCUGGAAGGUAUGCUUCGCGGGCAAGGCACCGGCUUGUUCCCAGCGCACUGUGUGCAGGAAGUGAGGAUGCGCCAUGCCGGCAACAACAUCUCCAUGGGACCUCAAGCGGCGGCCGUAGCACGCGAGGCAGCCGCCACGAGGAAUCGUGUACUCGGACGCCGGGAGUCGCAGCACAAGUACUUUGCCACUGCUCCUAGAUUAAAGAAACCUUUCCAACCGUUCGAUUCUAGGAUAACAUCGGAGCCGCGCACGGUGGUACUGCACCGUUCGCGUAAAGGUUUCGGCUUCGUGUUGCGUGGUGCCAAAUCAACGACCAACCUCACUGAGAUCACGCUGUCAGCCAGGUAUCCGGCUCUACAGUAUCUCGACGAUGUCGACGAAGGCGGAGUUGCCGAUCUGGCUGGUCUUCGUAAGGGUGAUUUUCUCAUAGCGAUAAACGGCGAAGACGUGACGACGGCGUUGCACGAGCACGUGGUGGACCUGAUAAGGAAAAGCGGCGAAUUGGUGCGCAUGACAGUGGUGUCACCAGUGCUGAGCCUGCCGAACUCGCAAUCGGCGGCGGCGUUGCCGACUAGUCAACCGUUGCAGAGGCAAUACGCCACUCUACCGCGGAAAAUGAACAACAGCGUGGCCAUGGGCGGCACACUCGGCCGCUCGCCCGCACCCAUGCCACCACGUCGCGAUCCAAAGACUACGCUGAGCGUCGGUCGAGCCCGCGCUCGAUCCAUGGUUGCUGGCCUAGGCGGAGCCGAAACGAACGAGAGAGACGAGAUGACGCAGGGCUGCGCGAAAUCCAAUAGCUCCGAGUCCCUUCAUCUGAAUCAGCAGAACAAUCAGCAGAACAAUGCCAAUCAGAACAAUGCGUCGCAGCCACGAGUGGCGAGCAUACGCUCAAGGCCGACGUCCAGUCGAAUCACAGCUGCGGAACUCGAGGAAUUAUUUCAGCGUCAGCAGGGUAUCGACAAAGCGGCGGCUAUGAAUAUGAGCAUGCACUCGACACCCGCACACUAUGGCUCGACGAUGACAAUGGCGGCUUGUGGCAGCGCGCAUUUUGCCACCAUAAAUCCCAAGUCACAUCCGACCACGCCGACCAAGUCCGGUCGGGUGUACGCUAGUGUCGCUGAGAUGAAGCGAAAGGGCAAAUCCGGCCGAGUACGUUUCUUCGGUGGUCUAGGCGGCGGAUCGGACUUGCACCGCGAUUUCCACAGUACUCCAGAUUUGCAAGCGGCGGCUGCAGCCGCAGGUAACCUGGCGUCUAAAGGUCACCGUAGUCAAGAAGACGUGAACGCUGCAUUAGGUAGAAACGGUUUGCCACCGCCAAAUCAUCCGCCACCUCCGCCACCCGUUGGCCAAGUCGUCAAGGUCAACGUGAACGCACCUGUGCCGGACGUCGUUACUCCGGCUUCGGUCUAUGAUAAUAUCGCGCACAUCCAACAAGUCAAAGAACUGGCCGCAGCGACAGCCGAGAGCAACUACGGCGUAAUGUCAAGUUUCCGACCGUCGAACAACGCCAAAUUGUAUGCGUCACCGGAGGACAUGAGGUCUGUUGGUUACCGUUCGCUCAGUUUACCAAAUCAGGCAACGCGCUCACAGCUGCGCAAGUCCCACAGUUUGCGUACGUCGAACGGCCAGGCGCCGAGUGGCUCUGUGAGUUUCAAGUCCGGGCCAACUGGACAAUUGGCAAACGGUGCUGCAUCGAACGCGAACGGAGCUACCAGCAAUGGUGGCAGUCAGUAUGCGCAGCCGCUCAAGAGUGGCAGAAGCCACAGUAUCACUGGAAUCAUCAGGGAGAGGAAAAAGAAAUCUAGUAUCAGCGCCAGCUCGUCGGCUUGUAAUCUGUCGGGGGCUGCUGGCUACAAGCCUGGCUCGGCGCCGCCAAUCCCAGAGCCCGACUAUAGUCUGAGCGAGUCGGAGAAUGACGAGGAGCUGACAGACGAAUGCGACGAGUCGGAAAUAGCCAAGGAGCUGGAGAAAGCUGCAGCGCGUGAAAAGCUUGAGUCAACGCGCGAGACGUCGGGUAACUCGAAUGCAUCGGCUGGUAGCGGCAGUAGUAGUAGUUCAUCAGGUUCAGGCUCGUUACCUCACUCGUUCAGCGUCGAAGAGAUUCAAAAUGUCAGGAAGCAGUUGAAGACGCAACAAUCACUGGUCGAAGACGGUGACAACAGUUCCAGUGGAGUCAGUUCCGAUCAGGAUGUACCUGUGGGUCCUCCGACAGGCUUCGACGAUACACAAGUUCGCAACAAUGAGGCCAAUCACCAUCACCAACACGCGCAUCAGCAUCAGCACCAACACCAACAUCAACACCAACAUCAACAUCAGCACAUACACCACCAAGUUCACGAGAAAGAGAGCAGCACGAUAGUGGUUCAACAAAAGAGGGCAAGCUGUCUGCUGACGAGGCACGCCGUGAGUUUGGCCCAACUACCACCGCCACUCGAAGCUGACGCCGAGGAACAGAGUAACGAGCUAUUUGUGCCACCACCACCCGAGUUCAACGCGGAUGGAACGCCGGUGAUCGCCGCAGGCGGUGACGAGCUUGUAUUUGCGCCGCCGCCGCAGUUUUGCGACAACGGCAAGAUACAGCUCCAGCAGAAGGUUAAGAUAAUCGGGGUCGUGCCCAAAAGUAACGCCAGCCAAGUGAAACCGCCGAGCGGUCGAUUACACACCCAAUGAGAAAGCCGAUUCGAGGGCAAGGAGAUGCUUGACGUUUAAAGUACGCAUAGAUUUAGUUUUGACACUGAUUAUUCAUUCGCCUAACUGUUCGGAUUCGCUUUGCAGUCUCUCUUUUUUCCGUAAAAGUUUCUUACGUAUAGGAUUACCGUCGGAUGGAUCUUCGGUGUCAAAAUUACAUAGGAAAUGCGCUUGGUAGAGAAAGUCGGUGGGGUCUGAAAGUCAAGGACAAACUUGUAAUUCAUGUAUGAAUUUCGCCUUCUGUUUUUGUUUUAUAGGAAAGUUUACUGCGAUUUUCAGAUUUCAACGAAGGAAUUGUUUUGGCAGCAAAAUGUUGAAAGAAGAGUUCAAUUACAUACACAGUAUACCUUGCUCUCAAUGCACGCUAUAGCUCGAAAAACUAACACGUCUGUCUGAUUCAAACAAAAACUCUUGUUACUCCUAGUUGUACACAUAAUGAAGAUACUACAUUAAUAGAUAAGAUACGUGCAGUAUGAUGUAACCGAAUUCAGCACUAUCAUAAAUAAUUUGAUUCUACAGAAUUUGAUAACUAUAAUCAUUGAUAAAUGUUUAUGGACGUUGUUUAUAGGUGGUACAGGAAUUUAUAAAAAUAAUACGUUUGUUUUCUAUUUAGAAUACUUAAUAUGUAUUCAGACUUUAUUUUUAAUUGAGAAAAAAUAAUUUAACUCAAUAUUGGAUGAAAAAGACGUAGUUUUUUUGAAUCCAUGGUAAAUUAAAAUAUCAAAAAAUGCACACAUUUUGCUUGUAUUUUUUGCUGUUCGUUGUCAAAUAUAUAUUGGUUGAAUAAUUUACGAAAUUUAUUGUAAAAUUUAAAGUCAUCUAUAUAAACUAAUUAAAUAAGAUUUAAUUGAAUAAUUGAUUCUAUUAAGCUACGUUAAAUGACAUCCUGAUUUUUGUUAAAAAUAUUUUUAUUUGUUGAUUCUGACGACCGAACCACUUAUCGGUAUAGGUAUCUUGAAAAUACUCACUAAUAAACAUUAAUUAAAAAAUGUAGAAUCAAAUUAAUAGAGGUGCAAUAAAAAAUCUUUUGUAAAAAUUUUAAUGGCCUAACAAGGCAUGCAUUUUAAAACGAUGAAUUUUACAACAACAAACUUAGCUAAAAUAAUAAUUUGAAAUAUUUCAACUUUUGAUAUAUAUAAAUCAGAUAUAAAUUAUAAAUAAAGUGCAUUGAGUGCAUGAAUAUUCACGUGGAAUACUAUGCGGUGUUUGUUUUUUUCAUACAAUUUCUAUAAUUAAAUACGACGAGUGUUUAAUACUUUUACAAGAGAAAAUAAAAUAAAGGAACAAAAUGAUCACUGCAAUGGAUAACAAAAAUAUCAGUGGCAUUGUUAUACUUUUGAGCGAAACGUAAUCUCACACUGAUUUAUAAAAAUAAUAAAAAAAAACGUUAACAAAGAGUAGCUCAAACAACGAAACUCAAAUUUACACUUUGUAGUAUGUGAACCAAUUUUUGCAUCCGAUAUAUUCAAAUAGUAAGAUAUUCUUUUUAGAUGGUAAUAUUAUCAAUGAAGGUUUAGAUAAAAAUAUGUGUAAUCCACGUCACCUCCAUUUUUAUCCAAAAAGAUCGUAUUAUUCACAUUUUUCAGCAUUUUUCACAUGGGAGCAAAUUUCUUGAUACCAAUUGCCGGAUUCGCUGAUCAUCCUUGCUCUUUCGACAUUUCGCUCGAUUGUUCAUUCAUCAGUUUAUCAGUAAUAUUUUUGAAACAAAUUGAAUCCGUCUUCCUCUCGGCUUCCGUCAUGAUGUUUAUGAAUAAUCAGAUUUACGUGAGUUUAUAAUCUGGUUAGAACAUUUGCUCAUUAAUGGUGAUCAUUAUAUAGAUAGUGGUGAAAAUUCUUUCCUAUAUAUUUAUUGAAUUAGCUUUGCAACCAUUGAAAAUCACAGAAAUAAUUUUGUAAUCGGAUAAGCUUUAUUGUAUCUUAGAAUUUAGUAGCUUUUCCGAUUUUGAUAUCACCAGAAUGAAGUGGAACAAAGUGGAAAAUAUGUAAAAGUAAAAAAAGUGAUAUCAAAGAGGAAUAAAGAUGAAGCUUUGAAAAGAAUUUGGUUCACAUUAAUAUUCUCGGCGGACAAAUUUUAUUGUAUAUAUUAUUGUCCUUAUUAUUACUGUAAUUGAGAGAUAUAUUAAACUGCUGUAUAUUUUAGUUCUUCCUUCAGCGUGAAUAGGCAAUCAAAUGCGAUGAUCCACGCUUAAGUAAUUUUGUAUAGCGUCAAGAAUUCUUCACAAAGUCAUUAGUUCAUUUCUUAAUUGAUAGUGUUUUAAAAUAAGAUGUAAUUGAUAAUGCGUAACGAAAAAAUGAAUUAUCGAUAUUCGAAAUGUAGGUAUCAAUUUAAGAAAUUGAUAAUGGGAGAUAUUGUUGCAGUGUAUCUCUUUUUAAUAUUAUAUAGAUAAAUAUUAUUAUCAUUAUCUUUGAUUAACUUUGUAAAAUAGGAUGUAUACGAUUUUACGGAGAAAUUUUAUCUUUAGAUUUUUCUUUAUGUUCUAAAUAAUAAGAUCGGGCGAUCAAUAAUUUGUUCAUAUAUUGUACUUCACCCACUUUUAUUUUUUUUUCGUCUUAUUCUUUUUUUUUCUUUAAGAUAAUUGUCGAACGGGCUCGAAAGAAACGAUUAAAAUAACGUGUAAUUAUUUUAUUUCUGAUUGUAUAUAUGGUGUAUAAAUAUCUUCUUUUCUUUGAAAAAAUCCUUUGUGCAAUCGAGAAAAGCGAAUCGUAGUCCAUUACAACUCAAAAUAAAUGGAUUGCAGUAAUAGUAUAUUAUAUUGUAUAUAUUAAAAACAUUACUAUGUGUUAACAAAGAAUUUCAGUGGUGAUUAAUUUUAUAUUUAAUUAACUAUUAUUAAUAUUAAUAUUAUAUUAUUAGUUAUAAUAAUUGUAAACACUAUUAUCAGCAUCAAUAUUAUUAUACCUAAAAGUAGUAUUUAAGGAGCUCGAAGCAAAAAUUCUGUCCCUUCCAUCAAACGAUUGUUUUUACUUCGUAGCUAUCAGUUAUUUAAAAUAUAUAGUAUUAAAUGGGUGAAUGUUGAUAAAAAUUGAAAAGAAAGAAAAGUAAGCAUUUGUAAUGUCUCGAUGUUUUUAUUCUGAAUUGAAUACCUUUUGUGCUGAAUUUUUACCGGUAUAGCUACACGCUUAUUUAUGGAAAGUUAUUGCAUCUAGAUUUUCAAAACCAAAUAUAAAUAAUUUGCAGAAAGUUGCUUCUAAUGUCACGAGAUAAGCUUAUGCCGUGAAACCGCUCUACGUUUUUAUAAUCUAGAUCUGCUUGAAUUCCAUUCGUCCCCGCGAAGCUCGAUGAAACAAGCAAAACUUUCGAGCUUUGCUUAUUGUUCGUAGCUUUUUGCGUUUCAAUCGAUCCGUCAGUACAAUUUUACCAGCCAGUUAAUAUGAAAAAUAGAGCAAUAUAUAUGUAUCGCGUGACGCGUAUACGUAUGUUCAAUAGACGAAUAUUAUUACAUGUAAUAAAGAUUAUUAUACGAAUUAUAAAGAGAAGCAGAAAGUAUGAUGAAAUAUAUUAAAUUGGCAUAUUAUUUUGGUGUCAGAAAUUGAACACCACCUUAGCAUUUGUAUUUACUACGUUUAUUCUUUAUUUACAAGUGUGGAAAACAAUCGGAUCUACAAUCUACGGCGAUGACUAUGAAUAAUACGAAAGAGCAUUUUGCAUUUGUUAUUUUGUAUUUGAUACAUGUGUGAGAUUAGCUUAUUUGAAAAAGAAGCAAAAAGCACCCUCGACGGACGAUAUUUUAUAGUUAAUAACAUUCCUGCCAAAACGUAGUGUAAUAUAUCAUUAAUAUUCAAAUUUAUCGGAAAGUUGAACAAGUAAACAAGUAAGAUUAAAAAAUAAAAGAAAUGAGAGAGAAAAAGAGUAAAUACGUAUUUGUAAUUAAGAAAAUCAAGAUGAGCAAAGUUCAUGCCCAUCUAACUGUUUUCAUUAUUUUUACUGUAUACGUUUGACAGUUCCAUCUUAAUGAAAAAUGUACAAUUGACGUAAGUGCAAUGUACUCGACAGUUCAGUAGCUCUGUAUCUUCGAUAUUGCGAAAAAAAUCUUGAAAAUUUAUAUCAGUCUCAUAAUUUAUUCAACUCCUAAUCCGUUUAUUUAUUUUUAUUUAUAAGAAAGAAUAAAAUGUUAUUUAAUUUAGAUAAUCAAAUAAUGUUUCUAACAAAAGUAGCAUUCAUCUUAUUCGUAAAAUUUCUUAUUUUUCAAGUCACUAAAUUUAAU